AUGUCAGCUGAUGACUUUGUGCACUACGAUUCCUUUAGUGAGGAGGACGAAGACGAAAUAGUAGAUUGGCAACUACCACUAUGUUUUAUGAAGAAGCGCCACAGAGAACAGAUCGAAGGUUCUAGAUCUUUAGCUCAAACGUGGCGUAUGAAGGAGCGAGUAAGUGAUCCAGUCACGGAGUACUCCUUCUCUUAUUUAUCGUGUUUCGUGAUGCCUUUUCCUAACGCUGAGUUAUCGAUUUCGCUUUGUUUCAGAUGAAGACCGUCAGUGUAGCACUAGUGUUAUGCCUAAACAUUGGGGUCGAUCCACCAGAUGUCGUAAAAACCUCACCUUGUGCAAGAAUGGAGUGCUGGAUCGGUUGGGAAAAUUUUUAAUUCUUUAAAACAUUCCUUUCAUUUUUGUUUUACUUGUUAUGAGGGCGCCAUUAAUUUCCGGCUUGUUAUUUAUCAAAACCCAUCUUUACCGGUCAAACUUGUUCAGUAUGUGUACAUAACUGUGUACAUAACUUUGUACAUUUCCAUGCUCAUUCAUCACAAUUGGUUGCCUAGUAAAUGAAAUUUUGCACAAAUUAAUACUAAGGAAAUCAGAAAAACAACUGCGUUACUUAAAAAAAAAAAUUGAACUUUGCGCACAUUGAGUAAUUGCGCAAGAUUCAUCCAAUUAAAUAACUCGGUGAUGAUUGCCUUGUUGGCAACCGUCCCCAUCAAUUCGUCUUUGAGCAUCUGUAAAUAUGGCGGGUUCGCGAAUCAUACUUGAUACAGUUCGAAUGAAGUAUAGUGCCCCCAAUCAGCCGAUUUUUAUGUUUUUACAAUAAGUAUUCUGAAUGUAUGAUCUUCGUUCUUGUAGUAGAAGCAAUUAUCAAGAGUCAGGUAGCUCUGCAAUCGCCUACACCCCAAAUAUUUAAAUACAACCCGACUUUCUCAGCACACUAUUGAUGUUGUUGGAUUACAAAACAUACCUCCAGAUUAUUUUUAAAAGAAGAUUACUGUCCCCUUGUUAGUUGUAAGUGACAGGAAGCUGAAUGUGCACAGUAUCCAAUAAACUACAAUUCUGAUGAAAUCCUAUGCAAGUUUAGGAUGUCAUGAAACAUGCCUGCACAUGUUUUAAUUGUAUCAGAUGCAGUGCAUUUGUUUGAACAUGCAAACUGUUUAUGAUGGCUGUAUCAUCAGUCUCUUUCCUCAAAGUACUGACACAAAACUGCUUCUAAAUCUUAAUGAACUAAUGUCCUUAACUGUAAGAACUCAGUGCUGAUUUUAUUGUAAUGUUCUUAUAGUAUUGGGUAUUGUUCCUAGUGGAUUUAGACACUUUUUCCUUCUGCUAGCAACAGAAUAGCUUAGAUUUUUGUUGUGGCAUGCAACAUUAGUAAGUCAGUUACAAAAAAUAAUAAACAUAAUGUACCUAGUUUCUAUCAUGAAAAAGAGCAUUUUGUGCCUGGAGUUGUAUCUGAUAUACCACCAGGUUCACCAGUUUACUGAGAAAUUUAUGACAUUAAAAUAGAGAAUUACCAAUCUGGUAGAUAGAGGAUGUUUUAAUGGUAUGUAAUUGUCAUGGAGAGAUAUCUCUGUAUUUUACAGAUCCUUCAUCUAUGAGUCCGCAGAAGGCUUUGGAAAUUGUUGGAAACAAAUUACAGGAACAAUAUGAACGUUGGCAGCCAAGAGUAAGAUGAAGUUUUUGACAUAACUAUUUAACUCUGAAGAGUGACCAAAAGGGAAUUUCUCUUUACAUUAUCAGCAGAAAAUCAAGAAGACAGUGAUUAGAAUGAUGAAAAAUAUCAAUAAGGAGAUUAUUAGUGAUGCAAUAUUAAAUUCUCUAAACUGUCAUCAGGAGUAUUAUAUGGCAGACAGUUUAUGAGAUCUUGAGAGUGUAAGGGCUAAUGUCUGAUAUAUGCUUAGAGCCCUUUUUGACUGGUCCAUUAAAAAUUUGGUUUAAAAUAGACUGUUAGUGAUAUCAAGUCAGUUUGAAACAGAAGAGACUGACUAAGAAAUGACAUUUUCCUUUCAGGCUCGUUACAAGCAGAGUCUUGAUCCCACUGUUGAAGAAGUAAAGAAAUUGUGUUCCUCAUUGCGACGAAAUGCAAAGGUACUCUUUUUUAAGUCGUAAGAUAUUGUUAUUAAUUACCUGGUGUUGCCUAUCCUUUUGAAAUUCAGAGUAAUCUAGUAGUUUUAAUGCAGUUUUGUUUUGAACAAGUGAACGUGAUAUUAGUUAGUAAUAAUUAAUGAUGUAGCUCACUUACUGGAAGUACCUGCUACUCUCUUUUUGUGGCCAGUUAAGUGAUUCCCUUGUUAAUACCUCAGCCUAAAUCUAUUUUGAUCUGCUGCCUUAUUUUGUCCUCAGCUAAUCAUCAGUUAGUUUUUUUCCAAUCUCUUUCCAGUAAGACAACAAGAGAGGAUCACCUUUUAACUCUCAAACAUUGUAAUCAUGCAACUUCAAUCUUUUAUUCAUUGCUUAAUGUGAAAGUCAAGAAGUUGAGAGCUUCCAGCCUGUAUCUGAAACAUUAAAAAUUUGGUCACAUCUUGCAUUAACUCUCUAACUCCCAGCAGCUACAAACAUGUUACUUCUCCAUAUAAUAUCUGUACAUUAUCCAGCAAACAGGUAAUGAGAAUACUCAAACUAAUCAGGUAGAGGUUGUUAUUGUGAUCUAAAAGGGUCAGAAGAACUCUUUGGGAUGGGUUUCAAUAGUUUCUGAAUUAUAAAUUGUCUGAGAAUGAUUCAAAUUUCUUUUGAAAUAACAGGAGGAGAGAGUGCUUUUCCAUUACAAUGGACAUGGUGUUCCAAGAGCAACAGCAAAUGGGGAGAUUUGGGUCUUUAACAAAGUAAGUUGGUCCAUUUUUGAGCUUAAAAAUGCUUUUAAUUAUUGGUGGCUGGUAAAUUUCAUUAUCUACUCAUGCCCUUGUAAUCCUUUUUGUGAUAAUCUUUUUUUUUUUUUUUUCCCUUCAGAGCUACACUCAAUAUAUUCCAUUGUCAGUGUAUGACCUACAGACGUGGAUGGGAAGCCCUUCAAUCUUUGUCUAUGAUUGUAACAAUGCUGGACUUAUAGUGCAGUCAUUUAUUCAGUUUGCUGCCCAGCGAGAGCAGGAACAGGAGGUUAUUGACAAUUGUGUGUUGUGGGAAAGUGAAGGCUCUUGUGUUGUAAUUCAUUAAUAAAGUUGCUAAAUUUUAUUUUGGGAUUUUGUGACAUGUGUAGUCCUGUUAACAUUGCUCCAGAGAAAUCCUUGCAGUUGAUUUGGUGAAAUUCAUGAAAAAAGCAAGAAUUUUUGAAUGACAAUAAAGAGUUCUUGAGAUUUGAAUUGUGCACACUGCUAUAUGUACAGGAAUUAAGUGGAUAAAAGCCAUGUUUUAUCUCAUGAAAUCAGCCAUGUAGCAAAUUGAGGGUAUUGACAGUUUUCUAAUCUUGUGAAUUUUGAGGGAUUUAUAACCAAAUAAUUUUUGACUUGUAAAUUUAAUUUUGUGCUUAUAAUAAUGUUGAAUUUAAUGAAAUGUUUUUAGCGCUGCUUGGCUCAGGGUACCCCUAUCCCUGUCCCACAUGUGGUUAAAAACUGCAUCCAACUGGCAGCAUGUGAUGCAAAUCAGCUACUGCCAAUGAACCCAGAGCUUCCUGCUGAUCUGUUCACUGCUUGUCUGAGUACACCCAUUAAAGUGGCACUGCGAUGGUGAGUUGAUAACUCUGAGUCUCGGGCAAACCAUGCCCACCAUGCUUACUUAUUUUUUGGCUGCGUCAUAUUAUGAAGCAGUUCUAAUGGGAAUGUUUGGUUUUUUUUUUAGGUUUUGUAAUCAAAAAAGCAGCAAGCUGGUUCCUGGUAUCACCCUUGACUUGAUCGAAAAGUAAGAUGGUUAUCCCAAUUUAUAUUUCAGUGUUGUAAAUUUACCAUGAUGGCUGUUUCCCUCUGUAGGAUGAGCAAGAUGAGCAAAUCGUGGGAUGCUAUCAGCAGCCGAGUGGGUGGGAUUUGUCCUAGCCCCCUCACCCUUAGAAAUGCUGGCUUUGGUCCUGUGGAGAGAGAGAGAGAGAGAGAGAGAGAGAGAGAGAGAGAGAAAAAAAAGUCUUUGUGGCUAGUUUACAGAAACCAACUUUACUUUGCAGCAAAAACUUCGAUUUAAACUGAAUAUAUACUUGUGCAACUAUAUUGUUGCUUACUACUUUUGUACAUUAUGCAUAGGAUUCCAGGUCGCCUAAAUGACAGAAGAACACCCCUAGGAGAAUUGAAUUGGAUUUUCACUGCAGUUACUGAUACCAUUGCAUGGAAUACCUUACCAAGAGGUAAGUAACAGAGGCAUCAAUAUUGUUGCAAAAGCCAACAGUUUUCCUUCAUUUAUUUACCAGGAAAUUAAAAUGGAUCCUGGUAUAAACAUAACUUGGGUGGGGUUCUGUUGACUCCUUGGGAGUUGGUAUUAUAUAGCUUUAUACCUUUUGCUCAUUGACAUUAGAAUAUCCUAUUGUCUAAGAUUUCUCUUGAAAAAAAACAACUGUUAGUAAUGUACUGGCACUUAAAUCCUUUAGAGCUCUUUCACAAGCUAUUCAGGCAGGAUCUGUUGGUAGCAAGCCUGUUCAGGAACUUCCUUUUAGCAGAGAGAGUGAUGAGGUCAUACAACUGUACACCUGUGUCUAGUCCUAGACUUCCCCCAACGUACAUGCAUCGAAUGUGGUAAGUAAACAUAUUUUAUGAGAUGUUUUGGUGGGUAGCAUCACUGAGUUUAAUGUAUUUCUUUUGAUGAUUUUGGCAAUUUUAAUAUGAUGUCUGAUUUAUGGUGGAAAUCUGUUGGUGAAUUUAGUGAUUGAUUGUAUUUAUUAGGCAAGCUUGGGAUUUAGCAGUUGACAUUUGUUUGUCCCAAUUACCAGAUGUGAUUGAAAACCUAGGGAAUUUUAAGGUAUGUGCUUUUCUUUUUACCAGAUGAAUGUUAUGUUCUAAGGCAGAGCUCCAAGAACGUAACACAGUGAUCCCAACACAAUACAGUGACCCAAUGCAGUGCCCUGGCCAGGGGUUGAACCAACACCUCUUUGAUCUGUAGUCAAGUGUGGUGUCUUUAAGGCCACCUUCUAUCUACUAAUGGACAUCUUCCCUCUUUCCUCUUUCAGCAUAGUACAUUCUUCACAGAGCAAUUGACUGCAUUCCAGGUGUGGUUAGCCAUGGGUGCAGAAGACAGGGACCCCCCUGAACAGCUGCCAAUUGUUCUACAAGUGCUACUGAGUCAAGUGCAUAGAUUGCGAGCUCUUGAUCUACUGGGGAGAUUCUUGGAUUUGGGGCCUUGGGCUGUAAAUCUUGUGAGUUUUAAGGGUUUUCAUUGAAUAAGUGGACACCUGCUGUUGAAAAGUAGAUAGUAUUUGUUAUAAGGCUGUGCAGUCAAUCUCGAGCUUCUUAUUACGUGGAUUAGCUUCUUAGCUAAAGUACUUAAGAGUGCAGUAGUCAGCAGAGUCCAACAGAGUGAUUGCCAAACUAUUUCAGCACCUGCCUCCUACAUAUGCUUUACCCACAAUUUUGUUUGACUUUUGUCAGCCUAAAGGUCCCAAAUAUAUUUCUUUUUGUUUUUCUUUUUCAGGCACUUUCAGUUGGCAUCUUUCCUUAUGUGCUUAAGCUUCUCCAGAGUUCAGCAAGAGAGUUGAGGCCUUUGUUAGUGUUCAUCUGGGCAAAGAUUUUAGCAGUUGAUAGUGUAUGUCCACCUUGAGAUUAUCAUUAAAUUUUUUCCUUUUCCAUGUGACUUCAAUGGACUUGAUUCUCAAUUCUGAUUGGACAGGCUAUACAGUUGUACAGUAGCUGCCAUAGGGCCACAAGAAUCUGUUUCUACAUGUAAAUAUAAUGUGGGUUGGCUGAACAAAAAUUUAAAAUAGAUUUUUAGAUUAGAUGUAUGGGUGUAUGGACAUGAUUGCACUGUUUUAUUUUUGACAUUUCGUGAUAACACCUAUCUUCUUACAAAACAUGACACUAAUGACAUUGCUGAUCUUAGCAGUAUGCAGGAUGCAUGUCAUGUAUAUAAUCUUCCUAAUGGGUCUUGCCUACCAUAGUCUCUGUGGUAAAGCAGUGGAGUGCAAAAUCUGAAGGUCUGAGGAGUUUUUUUUGUCCUGUGCUUGUGACAAGACAAAAAAACAUAUUUCUCUUCAUCUUUACCAAGCUCAAAACUUACCAUCUUUCUUCUUUUAUUUACAAGAGUAUAAAUACUUCUGAAAGCAAACAACUCUUUAAAACUUCAUCACUCAUAAACAAUAGACAUUAAGCAUAGUCCUAAAGAUGCCCUGAAAAACUAGUAAAUUUGUCAAAUUUGCUCGUGUUACUUUUUGUCAACACUUUAGGAAAUGACUGGACUUAAUAGAGACAUGGAGAGCACUUUGCUCUGAUAAAGGAGUUUACUUACCAAAUGUCACAAUUAAGAAAUUCCCUAUGGCAGGUCAUCUACCUUUACUGACCUCUGUGUCAUAUACUUUCAUGACUCGUGAGAACUUUGUCUGAUGCAGAGAAUUGCAAAAUCUUUUUAUAUCAUACAAAUUGAAAGUACAAUAAUGCACCAUGUAAAAGAAGAUUGUAAAUGAAUAACCUGCUUUGCAUAAUUUCUGGAACUUAUUUUACAGUCUUGUCAAGCUGAUCUAGUCAAAGACAAUGGACACAAAUACUUUUUAUCUGUGCUAGCCGAUGGGUACAUGCGGGUAAGCCAAAUUCUUUUGUUAGAUCAGGUUAUUUAAAAGUCUCUUAGUUCGUGUACAUUGUAAAAAUUGUGUUUUUUUUUAUUUCCUGUUUCAGGCAGAGGAUCGAACAAUGGCAGCAUUUGUUCUGUCAGUGAUUGUGAAUGAAUAUCCAGUUGGUCAGGUGUGUAAAAGAAAAUAAAUAUUUGUUCAAUAUAUUAAAGUUCACAUGGCAACCAGGUGGACAAUCAGACAUGGUUUGAUGCUAAUCUGGUUUAAAUCUGUAAACCAGAGAAGCAUCAAAUCAUGUCAAAUAUUUGUUCCUUGAUGGCAUAUGUGGGAACUUUACUUCUGAAAGGUUGCUCAUUAUAAAAGCUCUUUGGGUUAAUAUCAGUAUCUGGGCAACUGCCCACCUACCCCUCCCCUCCCCUCCCCUAACCCAACAUUAAUCCUAACUUGUUAUCAAUAGACUGUUGUUGGGUUAGGGGAGGGGUAGGUGGGCAGUUGCCCAGGUACUGAUACUGAUCCAGCUCUUUUAACUCCCUUCCUCCCCCUCCUCCUCCCCCUCCUCCCCCUCCUCCAUUUUAUUUAUUUUAUUCUAUUUAUUUUAUUGUGCAUUUGAUCAUAUGCGCAUGUAAAAUGCAUGUUGCAGACAAUAAAGAUUAUCAUCAUCAUUAUUAUUAUUAAUUAUUAUUAUUACAAGAUAAUUUGGUUUCAUCAACUGAGUUGAUAAUGUAAACUGGCCACAGUAUAGAGUUACCAAAGCUCAGGUUUCAAGCGUUAGUCCCAUAUCAGCAUCAUUUGUAAAGGUUGUGUUUGUUUUUCUGUCCUUAGGAAGCCUGUGUUCAAGGCAAUUUAAUUGCCAUCUGUCUGGAGCAGCUGAAUGAUCCCCACCCUCUAUUGCGACAGUGGCUUGCUAUCUGUCUUGGUCGGGUGUGGUAUCAUUAUGAAGCCGCCAGAUGGUGUGCAGUAAGGGAUAGUGCCCCAGACAAACUGUACUGCCUUCUUUCUGAUCCUCUUCCAGAGGUAAGAGGCCUGGUGAAGUAUAGAAGAGGCUCAUUUUGACCAACGUAGUAACUCGAUACUUUUACCAAUUGAUUGAAUAGAAUCAAGAUACAUCUCGAUGACCUGCAAAUUGAACGUAAGCUAUUAGGGCAUCUCAAACCACUCCAACCAAAAGAACGAGUUCAACAGUUUUUUUUUUGUUUGUUUAUGAUGUAGUUUUUCAUGCUAUUUCUUUUCAACCAGAACUGAAAAAAAUUGCUGUCAAUAAUUAUAAUAAUUAUACCUAAAUUUUCACAACAUUGGUAAAGGUGUCAAAAUACCACGAGUACUUAACAUGAUACGAUCUUUGAGACGCUACAUGAAGGUCACGAUUUUUAACCCUCCAAAUUAAAGCGUAAAGUUUUCGAGCACAACUUUGGCAAACUAUUAGCGCUCCUUUACUUAAUUAGAGGAUUAUUUUCAUCAAGGUACGCGCUGCAGCGGUGUUUGCCUUGGGACGAUUUGUAGCCAACAGUGGGGACAGAUCUGACCAAGCUAAUCAGAUUGACUUUGGAGUGGCCAUGACUCUGACCCAACAGUCCUUGGAUGGAAGUCCGCUCGUUAGAAAGGUAUCUCGUCAAUUUUUUCUCUACUAAACUUCUUUACGAAAACCCUGUGGAUCUCUCUUGAAGGGAAUCAUUGGGUAAUUGGUUUUAGAGUGCUUUUCGAUUUAAUGUAGUAAAACCAAAACCAAAUUAAUCACGACAACCGAUCGGAAGAAAGGAAAAUACCUUUUAGAGUCAAUGAGAACUCAAAGUGAAAACGACCAAACUGCCUAAAGCGCGGGAAAACGCGGGUGACCAAGUUGUGAUUGGUGUUAGUUUUGCUUCUGAUUGGUUGAGUUGAAUGUUCUUAUCCAAUCACAGAGUGAAAUACAGAAAAACCAAUGCAAUCUCAUUACUUGCGACAGUCAAUCGAAAAUUGUUCUAAUCUAAGGGUUGCUUUGGUUAUUUCAGGAACUGGUUGUCGCUCUCCACGGACUGGUGCUGCAGUUUGAAACCAACUUUGGCGUGGUGGCUCUGCAAUUCUUAGAAGAAGACCGUCAAAGAGAGAAUGCACCCCCAGCAGCGGCAAUUACACCUAGUGGCUGGAUUGUGGUCGGCUCUGGCCCUUCUUCAGGAUUGGAGCCCAUUACGCACAUGAGCCCCAACAGUGGAGUCAAGAACACCAAAGGAAUACGCUCCAGCUUUUCAACGUCGAAUCUCAAUACUUUCGCUGCUAAUCCUCCUGUUGUUAGUGGUGAGGAAUUUUCAAACUUGUAUCUUUCUAGGACUUUUUAUUUCUUACAGAGGGCUGUGUUGUUAAAGGAGUAUAGCGGUUUGCUUGCGAGAAGGCCCUCAUAAUUAGCACCGCAGGCUAAUUAUUUUUUUCUGCCCCGGGAAGAUUUGAGACGAGUCGGGGAGAGGUUUGGCGGGGGUGUGGCGCUAAUAAAAAGGCGCUGGACACCUUGCGGACCUCUCGCAGGCUCGUUUUACUCGAGGCCUCUUGCUUUCCGCCAAUCACUAGUCCAGGAUCAUUUUGGCUCCUUAUUAGCGGUAUGGUCGUCAAUUCCGCGGGCAAAGAAACGUUGGUGUAGCGCUAAUAAUGACGGCCAUUUCGCAUUCUAGAAAGUGGUUUGUUACGUCAGAGGUGACGAAAAAUGUUUCAGGAAGGAGUAACCUGUUGAGGAAUAGAAAAAUGUCACACUAAAUUGUAAAGACGGCUUGGAUCAUUGCUGCAAUAUUCAUCUUCUGCUAUCUGAUUGGUAACCUCCCCCCCACCCCACCCCCACGAAAAACGUUAAUGUUGCUUAAUUAUCGCUGACGUGUAACUUUAUUUAAUGAGGGAAGGAGAGGGUAGGUGUCUCAUUUAUUUGUUUCAUCUAUAGAAUAGAAAACAUAAUGGUAUGAUUACUUGAACAAAGUUUGGAGUAACCUGUUACUUGAACAAAGUUUAACCGUUGUGUAACAAAACCGAGUCGUAGGUUUGGGUUAGACCUCGUUUAAAUUAUCGGCCCAGUAUGUCUUAACUCUAAAACGUGGUUACAAUUUUGUGUUUUACAGGCCAGCAUAUGUCAUCGUCACUAAUGACUUACAGUAGUAGUAGUGGCAGUUCUGGUAGCAAUGAUUUUAUUCCUGGCAUGAAAGAUCUGCGGCGGACAGGCUCACAAAAUUCCCUGUCUUCAAGUUUUCAGUCUAAUGUUUAUGCUAACGUAUGGAAGGUAAGUAUUUGGUUAAUUGUAAUUAUCUGUUACUAGAUAAUUAUGCCUAACGAAAGCAAAUUAUGUUUAAUUUGCUUUUAACCAUAUCACGGCAGGCCAACGAAUUAAAAGCAAGUGUAACUUUUGAAGGUUUCAAUAAUCUCAAAAGUAUCUCGAUCUUUGAUGUGUCAUUGGAUGAUGAAUGCUUGCUUAAGUUAACCCUUUUACUCCUAAGAUAAAUUCUCCCCUCCUGCUGUGACACAUUUCCUUGUAAACUGGUGACAAGAGUUUGGUGUUAGAUCCUGAUGACAACUUCUACCUGAUAAGUUUGAGUAUUCUCAUUACCUGUUUGCUGGGUAAUGUAUGGAUAUUAUACGGCGAAUUUACAGGUUAAUCACUUCUGGGAGUUUAAGGGUUAAUUCAAGAUGUGACCAAAUUUUUUAAGUUUCUGAUGCAGGCUGGAAGCUCUCACAUAAAGCGAUCAAUAAAAUUUUGGCAGUUUUUUAAUGCUCAACAUGACGUUUGCAUGACUUCGGUUUUGUUACUCGAUUAGUUUCUUUUCCAGAAUCACUGAUGACUCUUUGGGUUCAGAGAAAAACUGAUGAAAUUGUUUGAUUCUGCAGGCUCUGCUCAAUCUGUCGGUUGAUCCAUUUGUGGGUGUUGCAGAUCUCGCCAAAAAGAUCGUAAAUAGCAUAACUUUGAAGGUUAGUUUGUAUUACAAGCAUUAAUUUCGAAAUGUGUGUCAAUGUCAGUGUUAAUAUUGCAUUGAAAAAGUAUCUCCGGGUGUUAAACUUCCUGCUCACUGGAACUGCUCUCUCUGCUGAUUCUUUAUUUUUGUCAUUCAUAUUUUCCUAUCAACCUUCUUGAGGUAAAUGAAAGCUUUUUCUGUUACGAAGGCCACCAUUGCUGCUUGCCCCAAAAGGAUCGCACAGACGCCGUCAUCCAGCCUUUCUACUUCUGCCCCGUCAUCACCCGGGAGAUUUCCGUACCACGCGGGCUCAGAGUGAGUGAAAUUGAACAAUCUUCACUGGGCGUUAAACUUUUUACGUUUUUCGAUUAUAUGGCAUAAACCCAAAAGCAGUAUUUUUACAACGGCCAAUAAGAUAACAAGGAAAGUACCACAAGGAGCCGAUGAACAUUUGCAGUAACUAGACUGUGGUAGCGCGGGAAAUUGAGAGUGAUCACGUGACGAUUGGCUGUAGUCUUACUUUUGAUUGGUUAGAAAGGUCGCGCAUGUCGACUGUGUUGUAAAACUGAAACCAAAGUAAUCAGAAAAAAAGGAAGAUACCUUUUAGUGCCAAUGAAAAGUCAAAGUAAAAACAACCAAACUGCCAAAAGAGCGGGAAAAACGCGACUACCAAGUCGUGAGUGGUUUUAGUUUUGCAUCUAAUUGGUAGAGUGAGAGACGCGAAUUUACUGGACCAAUCACAGAGCGAAGUGAUGCAAAAGCAAAGCAAUCCCAGAUAACUUUUGACACAGUUGAAAAUUGCUCUAAACCAGCGUAUUCUUUGAAACAAUCAAUCAAAAGUAUUCAUAUUUAUUGAGAUCGGCUACUGUAGAUCUUAAAGUUUUAUAGCGUUCAGUUUUUAACUUGUUUGUUCCUUUUUGUUAAUCUAGCCCGUGUAUGUCUCCUCCCCCUCAUAGCAACUCCAAUGAAACGCCUCGUAUAAUGAAAAUGGAUCCUAACCAGUCCAAAGGCUCUAACCCCGGUCCCCUUGGGGCAGCAUUUCCUCACUCUUACGAGUUCCAUACAAAACGGAAAAUGUUCGACAAAGGUCCUGAGGUGGGUUAUGUGUGUCUUAAGUAUUUAAUUACGAUUACCUUGUUGCUUGUAUGACUUGGUCCCGGCAUCGAUUUGACGUUCAGAAAGAUUAUCAGUUUAUGCGACGAUAGUUAAUUUCGAUCUUCUGUUCAUGUGCAACUGAAUCCUUGAAAAAAAAACUCAAGGGGUCAUAACUACUCUACUCAAGGUACUUAAAGUGAUGUGAUGUGAUAAACUUUAUUUAUUUAGGGAAGCUCGUUCAGCGACAAGGCUGGUAUCCAGAGGGGCCUUGAAGUUGAAACUAAUAAUACUGUCUUACAAUAAAAAUUACUAAAUCCAUCUAACUAAUAUAUUCCUAAAAUUAUAUAAGGUACAAUAAAAGAUUUAAAAAAUUCGCAUGCAGUCCUAUAGGUGAUAAAAUUUAAAAUGGAAGUUUUAAAACUUAUAGAUUUUAAAUCGAUGCUUUAAAGUCUGCAAGGACUCAGCUUGCUUAGAGGCAUAAGGCAAAGUAUUUUAAAAAGUCGAUCCUUGGUAUCUAAAAGUUCUGUUUCCCAUGCGUAGAUUUGGUUUGGGCUGAUAAAUGUCGUCCUUCCUUCUUGCUUUAUGUAAAUGUCAUUGGAGAGGUGGAGAAGAUUAAUCAGAAUGGGAAAUGAUGAACUUGAAAAUGUCGGCUUCAUGUUUUCAAGGUGUUUAACCUUCCAUGUUGCCCCUCCGGGUAGCCUUUCAACCGGCAAUAUUUUGAUCUAAUCUUUAUCAUCUUUUGAUUUUUUUUUACAGCAUUCGAAACAGCCAAGUAGCGCAAGUGAAGAUAACGACCAAGAAUCCGACGAAGAAACAGGCUCCUCCAAACCUCCAAUGGUCACCACUAACUUUGCUGACUGGUGUGCCAGCUACUUUGCUCAAUCUGUUACCAAGGUAAUCCAGCUCAGACAAAUGUGAAGCUGCCUUGUAGAGCAAAGGCCAUUAAGGGUCUCCCUUCUCCACUUCUUCCUUUCCUGAACUUUCGAGUGUGGUCCAGGUGUGGCCAGCCCCAAUUCUUCAUCUCAGCCUAAACAUGUUGCCGCUAGGAGUUUUUUGGGCGUCCUCUUUUCGUUCUGCCUUGGGGAUUCCAUUUCAAGGCUUGCCCAGUUGUACUGUAAGGCUGUCAUGAGGGCAAGGAUUCGACGCCGCAAAUAAAUUAACGAAUCGUCUUAAAAAUGCAGUUGAUGAGUAUGUUUUUGUUGUAGGUACCAGAGGAACAUGAUCCUCAAAGUCACCUGCACUUCGAAAGAGAGUGGAGAUUUGAAAGAAACUCAAAAGUACGGUGGGAGGCGGCUAAACAACAAGCUAAAACAGGUAAUAUGUAUACCAGCGCAACUUCAAAUUGAGCGUCAAAAGUGAUUCGAGACCUCUUUGGUUUUGCCAUACUUUGUGUGUUGACAUAAUGUGGAGAAUUUUGUUGUUAACCGUCCUUCGUUCUUUCAGCUUCAGGAAAAAUUGAUGAUCAGAUAUUUGUUAAUAAGAAUGUGAGUGCGCCAGGGGUGUUGAGAUUUCACCCGUAUGAACCACACCUAGCUGUUGCUGAUAGGGGUGGGGUGAGGUACGUAUGUCAGUUUACUAUCGGCACGAUGUUUUCUCCUAGGCAGGAGAGGUACAGGCUAAGAAACUAAAUUCCCCUCAGAGGUAGAAGUAAAAGUCAGUUCUUCUCAAGAUGUUUUCAGUAAUAUUUACGUGAAGUUGAGGUGACUCUGAAAUGUAUCAAUAGAGUAUUUGUAACUUUGCAGAAAGAUGAAUGAAAAUAUUGAGUAGAAUUCACUAAUAGAAUGAGGGGGUCGCCUAACUCGUUUUUGAGUUGCAGGCACAUAAAAAUAUAAUUUAGGGAGUUUCUAAGAGGCCGUAGUAUUGCCAUGGAAACCUUACGUCAAGAAUGUUCAACAUUGUUCGAAAUUGUUAGGAAUUUGUUUUCAUUCUAUUUGUAGCGAGACAAACGAAAAGAGUGUGGGGGCUUCGAUCCAUUGACGGAUUGUUGUUUACAAAAAACACGAAACCAUUUUUAGCCAUUCCAAGGAGUCAUAUGUGGCUCAGUGUGGUUUGGGAAAGAUGUAGGAGAAAAACCAUAAUUUGCAUGGGACCAAAAUUGAAAAUGUUUCCCUUUCUUGUUAUUUUGCAGUAUCUGGAAUUGGGCGGAGGGAGUGAAAAUAAACUACAUUCCCAACAACAACCCUAAAGUGUCGCGCAUCACGAGCAUGCAAUUCCUCAACGCACAUGACUUGACGCUGUUGUUAACAGGAACCGGUAAGGAUUAAAUUUAUCCUCCCCUCCUCAGAACCGAUUCCGACUGAGUUCUGAGUUGUCACUUUGCUGAAAAAUGAUCCAAGGUCACUUGCCCUUAACUGAAACGGAGUUGAAUUAACUGUUUGUUUCUUUGUGUUAACAACUUUGUAGACGAUGGCUCCGUACGAGUAUGGGGAAAUAUCGAGGGAGAAAAUUACGGCGACAAAAGUCUGGAAAUGGUGACAGCAUGGCAAGCUUUGUCCGGGAUGCUUCCGUCCACUCGAGGUUUGUAAAAAAAAGUUGGUGUGAUAUCAUGGUGAAAGUAUUGAGAUUAUGCUUGUUAAUAAGUUGAAUCGGGUUGUUUUCGCCUUGUGACUGCUGAAGUUGGUUAAGAUAUAAAAAGUGAGCCUCUGAGAAGAGUCUUUUUUGGCUCUGACUCGCGAUUUUUCUGUAGACCAACUACAGUUAGAGGAAUAGCAAGUUGUCUUAGAAACAACCACACAAGCGAGUAAGUCGCGGAGUUUGAAAACCAUAUAAAAUUGUUGAUAAAAUACAAAACGAAAUUGUUAAUUAGCGGGUAAUCUGUAAUUAAAUAAUCUUUGAGUACGAGAAGUCUCGAGUUUUCGUUUUCGUUUUCCUUGCUAUCGUAACAUUUAACAGAUUUACAUAAACGUUAUGUUGUUUUUCCGUGAUAGCGGUUGCGCGGGAAAUUUGCGCGCAGCCGGCCAAAAUUGAUCCCGUUGCGCAUGCCCUGCGUUUGACCGCUGUGAUUCUUUCACUGGGCCGAGGGAGGGCAACAUUUCGUCUACCCAAAUUGUAGAUCUUUCAUAAAAGUGAAAAUCGAAGGAAUUCUUUGGUUGAUUUGAAUGCUGCUCCUGUUGCAGGAAGUGGUUCUGGUCUUGUCGUCGGCUGGGAACAGCAGACCGGCACCCUGUUAGCAUCAGGUGAUGUUAGGUUCAUUCGAGUUUGGGACACUCAUCGAGAGAUGAGGAUGCAGGUGAGUGUUUCAAUGACGCGAAUACGAGAAAGCAGUUUCAUGUGUGUGCAUGCCUGCGUAUGCUUUGUGUUACUUCUUCAUUUAAAAAUUGCCGUGGUUCUCGUUUAGAAAGUUACCUCUUGAGUACAAAGAAUAGAGAAAAAGAGGUAAAGUUACAAAAGCUUCUAGAGAACUGACUUGAGUUUCCUUUCAGGUAAACAACCAAUUAGUAUAGUUUGACAACCGUCAACAGCAGAGCUUGAAUGGGAAAUUAAGGAAAGUUUUCUUUAUUUCAGGACAUUCCCACCGGUGCAGACAGCUGUGUGACGAGUUUAGCUUGUGAUUCUGUGGGUAGAUCGCUGCUAGUAGCUGGUUGUGGUGAUGGGUCCGUCAGACUGUUUGAUAGAAGAUUGCCGCCUAGCGACAGGUAGAAAAUUUCUCCCUACAAUAUUAACAUGAAGUUUCUUCUUUCAUUAUAAAUACGUUACCAGACAGACAUGUAGUGCAGGUCGAGAAACCGUCUCAGCUGUUAGCUAAGUAAAGAAGCAAACAGAUUUUUUAUUUCACCUUGUUCCACAUUUUUUUGUUGUUGUUGUGGUUGUUGUCAAUCUUAAAAUGUUAUUUUUGAGUGCUUUGGUCGCUCAGUCAUAACAGUAUCAUUCUUUGUCUUGCAGCCGAGUAAUGGCGCUUCGUGAGCAUUUAGGCUGGGUUACUGGUGUUUUCUUACAGAAAGGUGGCGAUGGGAACAUCAUAAGUGCAAGGUAAACAGUAGAUUUAAAAUGUAGUUCCUCCUCAGUCGUCAUUUCUUUUCUUCUCUCAGCGCCCUCCCUCCCCUCCCCCCUUCUCGGACGAAGCUCAACAAAGAUUGCGAGCGAGGCUGGAGGCCAUGCUAUGAGAACGGGAAGUGAGCAUUGCAUGAGCGUACCUUUGAUUCUAAUUCAAAACUUAGGAAGGAAUAUCGUUUUCUUUUCUUGUUUACAGUGUCGCUGGAGACGUCAAAUUUUGGGAUCCGCGUUUCACAGAAUCAGUGCGAACCCUGAGAACUAUCGGUAAUGCGGCGGCGUUCGAGGUUCACCAGCAAGCUAAAGUGUUCGCCACGUGAGUAUUAGCAGCAUUGGUCCAGCAUUGGUCCAACAUUGGUCCAACAUUUGUGUGAAAGUGUCGACAAAGGGUACUGCAUCUUGUUUUUUUAUAGCAAGAUGAACUAGGGGAAAAUGUAAGGAGGCAACUAAAAUAUUCCUUGGUAUUGCACUAACUGCCUUUUCUUGACUUUGGAGAGAUUAGCAAUGACUUUUAACAUCCGUUAAUGGCUUCAUAUUAAAACUAAGGCAGGAUUGCGCUAAGAGAAUCAGUAUGGAAAGCUCGACCUUUUUUUUGGGGGGGGGGAGGGAGGAUGAGGGAGAUAGAGUGGGUAAUUGCCUCAGACUGGGUAGCCUGUGACAGACUGGCUUCCCUGUUUCAAUUUGCCUCCAGCUACAAAAACUAUUCUUGUUCAUCAACGACACAAGUGCAUCUCUGAGUCAACAUGUCAGACUUAAAUGUUAAACUCUUGUGAGAACACGCCAUGAAAACACUGGCCCAUUGUUUUAUAAUGGGUAAAAGAUAUGUUAUUAUUUUUCCAGUGGCUCUGCAAGUCAAAUGAUCAAGGUAUACAACCUGGACGGAGGGAACCUGAGUACCAUAAGAUAUCACGACGGUUUUAUGGGUCAGCGGAUUGGUCCUAUCAGCUGUCUUGAAUUCCAUCCGCACAGAGUGAGUGAAAACUGAAUAUUUAGUUUAGAAGGUUGCGUGACAGACCUUAGCGAUGAUUGUGCGUAACCCUUUAUUGAACAACAAAGAUGCAUAUCCUCCAUGGUGUUUCUUAUAUAUUUCCUCUGGUGCUGACAAGGAGAAUUUGUUUAACAAUCAAAAGCCUCUUUAUUUUUGGUGAACAUUUCUUUUCUUCUCAUGGUCUCAGAGUUUGACACAGGGGUGAUUUUGUAAGGAAAAGUUUUAUGCUAAUCACUCAUAGAGGUUAAAGGGUUACGAUUGAUUCUGUUGAUGAUUUCAGGUCCAUCUGGCCGCUGGCAGCACGGAUUCUUUUAUCUCGAUCUACUCAACUGAGAAGACUGAAAAGAAGCGGUAGAAGAAAAUUAAAUAUUUGUACAUUGUUUUAAAAAAUGGUGUAGAUAGACGAGUGAUGACCUCUUAAGAAAGGACUCAGAUAUUUGUUAAUAGAGUGCUGAAUUAUCAUUAACUAAGGAGAGGACAGGAUGAAAGCUAAUUUAAAUUUUUAUCGCGGCUGCAAGAAAGGUUGAAAGGCAAACUGGGAAACAAAAGACGUGGUUCGCCCUAGUCUCCCGUUUGUCCGCCCCGUCUGACCGUGUGGUUUACGUGGAAAUCUCCGAAGGGUUAGUUUUGUUUUAAAAUUGUAGUGUUGCAAUCAAAAGAAAUAACUUGUACAGAGCAAAACCGAAGCGGUAGUCCGGUGGAAAGUAAAUUAAAUUUACAGGAAUCAAAAUGAUGCUGAAAACAUCAGGUUAAUGAAAUUUGAAUUUGUGUUAAAAAUAUAUCAACAUUUCUUUAGGUAUUGAAAGAUAUAAAUAUGAAAUUAUUUCACGAAAUUUACGGUAUUUCCAGGACAUAUGGUAGUAUAUACCAAAAUGCAAAAUGACUUGACGUUGAAAAAAAAUCCUAUUCUCGCCAUAUUUUUUAUACAAAACAUAUCACUUGGAGAAACCACAUAUAUUUCCUCAAUUUCUACAACUUGAGUAUUGUUGGAAUCGAGUAAUGAAUUCAUGUUUUACUCGUUUUUAAGAAAAAUUCUGUUUGCCUGCAUUUCACGCGUUAUGUUGCUGGGGGAAGAAAAUUUUUAUUCAUUGAUUAUCAGCUUUUUACCUUAACAGGAAAUAGACUACGAUUGUAGAGGAUUUGACAAAAUUCUUUCGGUAUUGUUUUUGUUGUUGUUGUUAUUUUUCAAUCCUUUAACGGUCCCGAAGUGAUAAUAUAUAUUUCCUCCUCACAAUAUCGAUACAUUACCCAGUAGGAGCUACUAAGAGUUGCAAAACUUAUCCACUUAUCUUGAUGUGACACUUAAUCCUUCUAAUCACAAUGCAAGGAGAAUAGCUGAGCAGUUCCCUGGAAUGAAAGGGUUAAUUAUUUUUGGUAUUUUACUCGAAGAAGGCAAAGAGAUGCUGGGCAUUAACCCUUUAACUCCCAUGAGUGACCAAGACAGAAUUUCUCCUUACAAUAUCAAGACAAUAUCAAUCAGACAAGUGAUGAGAAUGAGGAAAAAUAUCAAUUUAAGGACUAUAAUCUUGAUCCAAUACCAAAUUCUCUAAAGUAACAUCAUCAUAAUUAUAUAGCAGACAGUAAAGAGAAUUACUGAUGAGAUCAUGGGGGUGAAAGGGUUAAAGGUCAAGAUCUUGGAAAAAUGACCUUAAUGAAUGUACACUACCUGUACGGUACACCUGCGUAUUGAGAUUUAAAAUGAAACCUUGGAAAAAUGUAAAGGAAAUGACAGUGGAGGAGUGUAGGGUUACACUGCAAAGCUUUUCCUAGCUAUUGUGGCAAUAAAAACUUUUAUUGUAGUUUGUUGCCGACAGUUUAGAGUGGCAGCGUCGUAUGUGUUUGGUGAAAAGUGGUGUGGGAAAUGCAAUUUCGUUUCCAGGGCCUUUUCUCCAUUCAGCGGAGCUGUUUCCGCAGAGCUCUGUUCAAAACCGAAUAUUUAACUUGCAUGUUAUUGGUGGGUAAAAACCGUGGCUUUGUGAACGAGAUUGAGUGCAACUUUGCUGGCGAGAGUUGGCGUUAUAUGCGCUGCUGUUAAGGCAGUUUAGUGUAAAUUUUCAGAAAACUGUUGUUCAGUUGAGAAAUGUUUUACUAUUCAUAGAAGGAAAAAGCAUCGACAAUUCUAAUAACGUAGUAGCGGGAUGUGCGCAUGUAGACAUCAGGUUCAUCUUUCAUAAUUGUAUUUUUGUACAUAGGGCUAUUUUUAAAAUAAAAUG